AUGAGGAUAUAUCGAAGAUGUGCACGAAAUGGUUGUGGGUCUACAAGAUUGUAAGGAAGAUUUUUAUUUGAUUUUAUUGCUUUAGGAGAAACAUGACGGGCCCAAUCAAAAGCCGCGGCUACUUCUGUCCUAGCCGCACAUCAGAUCCGGGAAGUCCCCAGCAGAUCCAGGACCUCCCCGGCGGUUCCAGGUCCGUGUCUCAACAAGGACUUGCAAGAUUGUCUAUUUCAUCCCUGGCCAUAUCGCGAUAUGGCCAGGUCGUAUUUAUUAGAGAUUUUGUUAGUCUUUCUAUUGGCCAUAUGUUAAGCUUUAUUAUUGUUUACCUUUGUGUUUCCAAGAGGCUGUAUUUUUGUCUAUUUAGUCGUGCAAGAAUUAUUUUAUAUCGAUUUAAAUGUAAAAUAUCUGUUUCCUCUCUUACGUCUUGUUAUUUUUCGGAUUAUUUGUUUUAAUAAAUUGUUAUUGUCAAGAAAAAUGUAUGGGAGUUGUGAAUAGUGCUUUAUACACUCGAAAUAUAUUCAAAACGGUAAACCGGAGAGCUGGAAAAAGAUUUCCGCCGGAGUGGGCGGAGUCAAUUUGGGAGGUCGAAAAUCCACGGAUUUGCUACCUACCAAUUCCGCGCCGUCGCAAAAACGUCGUUUUGCUACCUCCUCUCUCGCGGAGGUAGCGAAAACGCCGAUUCGCGACCGACUUUUUUCGGAGGUCGCGAAAAAAAGGAUUCGCUACCGAGACCACGUCGCAAAUCGAUCGUUUCGCUACUUUUUGAAAUUGGUAGCGAAUCCAGCAAACAUUCUCGAGCUCGAGAAAAAAUUCUUAUUCCUUCGCUCUUACAUGGCAAGUUUCAGGAGAAAAAAAUGUACAACUUUUGAGAAAUUGACCAAAAUACCUUAUUUUAGGUCAUUUUGACCCCCAAAAAAUCCCGCAUUCUUGGACUUUUGAUUUAGCGCUGAUUCCGAAAGCUUCCCAUACACUUUUAUCCCAUCUAGGGUACAUUUUUUUCUCCUGAAACUUGCCAUGUCAUCCUUAAAUAAGCUGAAAAUAAAUUAGAAACUUUGAAAAAGUGCAUCCCGUUGGAAUCCCAAGAAUGCCAGACAUUUUCGGUGUUUUGAUGACCUAAAAUAAGGUAUUUUGGUCAAUUUCUCGAAAGUUAUAUAUUUUUUCUCCUGAAACUUGCCAUAUCAUCUUUAAUCAGCCUCAGAAUGUAUUAGAAACUUUGAAAAAGUGCAUCCCGUUGGAAUCCCAAGAAUGCCAGAUUUUUUCGGGGCCAGAUGACCUUGUACAUGAGAUAUUGAAUACCCAUUUUCUCAAAAAUUGUAUAUUUGAUUUUUUUGAAAUUUUUAUGGGUUAUUGGAUGAAGGUUGAAGUUUCUUUUUACCGUAUUUAAAAGUGCAUCUGGUUACAGUAGCCAAUUUUAUGCCCGAAAUGGUAUGUUACCGCAGGCGAAACAUUGCUUAGAUGUAAUUUUGAGCUUUUGGCCAUAAUUACAAAAAUGUUCCACAUGGUCGAAAACAUAAAGUGGUGGUUCGGUCUCACUAAAAUACCGCACCAUAUCUGCAGAAAAGGCAACUCUUUUCUCAGAAAGAAAGUUACAGUAAUCCACCAUAUAACGACUAUGGGCAAAAAAAUCAAGCGAUUGCUCCAUACCGAUUGGUGAUUCGGUUAACCAAUUUUGGUUGAAUUCUGAGACAUCGACUCAACAAUGUCCGGGCCAAUCUACGAUUUGUAGUAAAACGCGUUUUAAAUACUUUUUUCCGUCCAUUCCACCCAAUCCAGUCACGCCGCACGUCAAUCCAAAAAUAGAAGAAAAAAAUUCCCGCCCCUUUUUGGUGAUUCGUUCAAAACGAAAUGUCACUAUCCGAUAAAACGCAUUUUCUUAUCUUUCUGCUUCCUUUCCGAGAAAAAGCAAUUAUUUCGGGCGAGAAAAAGUGCCGAUAAUUUCGCGACAUUCAGUCUCUCUUUUAAAUCAAUGAAAACGAUACGAAGUUUCGAAACGGUUCAGGAAAUGCGCUGGAUUGACGUGCGCCGCGUGUAUCGGGUUUGGCGCAUCCGACCGCAGUCGGUCUCUACGAUCCUAUGCCGCCGGCGACGCCUCCAGUCCUAACCACAACUGGCGGAGUUUUAGCGCCUACUCAGAUACGACCGGUCGCGACCAGCCCCUCCGCCAGCACCAUUAA